AUGGCCUGCCUACUAGCCAAACCAACCGAAUACAACAUCGAAGACUCUAACAUCGCCCUCCUCGGCUCCGAUCUCGAGAAGCACGUCCGCGAGGAGGCCGGCGAAGCCGAGGCUGCAUGGGACGGCGCCGGUCAGACAGAAGGCCUGGAGAUAUGGCGCAUCGAGAAGUUCCACGUCGUCCCCUGGCCGGAGGAGCGCAAGGGGUUGUUCUACGAUGGGGACUCUUAUAUCGUCCUUCAUACCUACAAGAAGUCUCCUGAAGCAAAGUCCUUUUCGUACGACCUCCAUUUUUGGCUCGGGCAGCAUACGACGCAGGACGAAGCGGGCACGGCAGCGUAUAAAACGGUCGAGCUGGACGACUUUCUUCAAGGAAAGCCAGUCCAAUUCCGCGAAAUCCAGGGGUACGAAUCCCCGCGGUUCCUCUCGUACUUCCCGCGGUUUAUCUGCGCACAAGGAGGCGUCGCUACAGGCUUCCAUCAUGUAUCAGACCCACCACCUCUAGAUAUUAAGAAGCUCUACAGAGUCAACCUCUCGCGAGCUGGCGGGCGUUCCAGCCUGGUUGUAAGGGAGGUAUCUCCAACUGCGGAUAGUUUGGUUGAGGGCGACGUUUAUGUCCUGGAUAAGGGAACGGAGAUAUGGCAAUUUAACAGCAAGGGGAGCGCAGGGCAAGAGAGGUACAAAGCUGCUGAGUUUGUUCAGGGGUUGGUUAAUGAGAGGAAGAGCCAGUGUGAGGUGGUAGUAUAUGAUGAAGGUGCAUCAGGAGCAUCACGAUUCCUCGGCGAAUUCGGCGACAACGUCUCUCUGCGCAAGGCAGACACCGCGCCUCUCGACCUAGGCGAAAUCCACCCUUCCCUCUUCCGCAUCUCAGACGUCACAGGCACUGUCAUCUUCGAAUCAGUCGCUCUGGUCAGUAGGGCAUCACUCUCCUCAGACGACGCCUUCCUGCUCGAUCACUCUGCAGGCGCGUCGCAGCCAGCCAUCUUCGUCUGGAUUGGCAAGCGUGCAUCCUUGAACGAGAAGAGGCUGGCGCUUCAGUAUGCGCAAAGGUAUUUGUACGAUAAGAAGAUUAGGACGGAGCCGAAUCGCGUGAGGGUUGCGAUUCCUGUUGUAAAGAUGGUGGAAGGAGAGGAGACGUCGGAAUUUUUGGAAGCCAUUUAA